AUGUCUUCACAUAGCAGCAGUUAUAUUUUCACACCUGAAACGUUUGAUUUACCAUAUAUAUCGAUACCUGAUAGACUGAAGGAAUUGGCAGAGGAACAUCCUGACAGAGAUGCAAUAAUAUGCUGGUCAACAGACGGACAAAGAAGAUCGAUAAAGUAUUCAGAACUUUACACCAGAUCUGAAUUGUUCGCCAAAGGCUUAGCAAAAAUUGGAAUUAAGAGAAAUAGCAUAAUAGCUAUGAGUAAUGCAAACAGUACAGAAUGGCUUAUUUGCACAUUUGGGUCACAAAUGGCAGGACUCACACCUUUACAUAUCUCAUUGGCUAAUUUCAGUGCUGGAGAAAUUGUCAGUCUCCUAAACGGAAUUGGAAGUUGUACUGCAAUAGUAAUGGAGCCUUCAAACAUAGAGGUAUGUAAUGAAUUUAUUGAAACUUUUAACAAAAGGACUGAAUCCUCGAUUAGCACUCAAGUACCAACAUUACGACAUAUAUUCUUUAUGAAUUCUACCGAUGAAAAGUAUAUGACGACGCAAGAAAUCUGCAACAUCGGAUCAUUGUCACGGUUACCUUUGCCUCAAAUUUCCCCUGAUGACAUCUGUGGCAUUUUCCUUACUUCUGGAAGUACUGGGAUGGCGAAAACAGUUCCACAUACACAUUUAAAAAUGAUCCAUGAUGGGUAUGGCUGGGGAAAAAAUCUUGAAAUUCAGUCAGGGGAGAAGUUUUACAACAACAUGCCAUUUAGUUGGCAAGGAAGUUAUCCAUCAGUUUUUUUGGCAAUGAAGCCUACACAUGUCACUAUUUCAGACAUAAUGACUAUGACAUGUGUGACUGAAAUAACAGAUUUUACUUUGCGUGUGUUGAAAGAGGAACACUGUACAUCUGCUUUCUUCAUUUCGCCAGUUAUAUCUGAAUUGGUAAAAAGAGAAACACGUGAUCUGGACAUUUUCCCUUUGAGGGUUAUUAGUACAGCAGGCCUUCCAGUGGACGCUCAAUGCGCAAAUGUAAUUGGAAAAUUUGCAAAUAAAUUUGGCGUGCUAUACGGAUGUACGGAGAUAGGAAUGAUCUCUCAGUUAUUGGUUAGAAAAACUGAGGAUUAUGACAAUUAUUCAUGUGGAUACCCGGCAAAUGGCACAGAAAUCAAAGUCGUUAAUGACAAUGGCAGUUUAAUUCCGUUAGGACAUACAGGGGAAAUAUAUAUCAGACAAAGACACCGCUUCCUCGGUUAUAUGAAUGCUAGGGAGAAAAAUGACCUUUGCUGUGAACAGUCUGGUUGGUACAAAGCUGAUGAUGUAGGGUUCAUAAAGCAGGAUGGUAGUCUUACUGUUUCUGGUCGGAAAUCAGAUAUUAUGAUACUUGGAGGCGAAUUGGUGUCAUCGUCUUAUCUUGAAGGCCUAUUGAAAAAACACAUAUGCGUAGCUGAUGCGUAUAUCUAUCCUAUGCGUCACGCACAAACAUUUCAGAAAGCAUGUGCUGCGAUAGUUGUUAGAAAGAACAAAACCGUGAGAGAAGAUGAAUUGAAGGACUUUUUGAUAAAACAGAAAGAGACAUACGGAGACAGCUUUUUGGCAAAUCGGUUCAUUCCUGAAAUAUUCAUGUUUUUCGAGUCAUUUCCAAGAACACACAGUAGGAAAUUAGAUAGAAAACGAUUAGGUGAAGAUAUCCAAAAAAGAUUGUCUACUCUUUGA